AUGGAUUAUCCUACACAACCAGCUUCACUUAAACGAAGAGCAAGUGAAUCGGAAGCAGACCAAGUACUUGCUCUUAUUCAACAAAACAACACUCGAAUACCGCCCCCUUUACCUUACUUACCAAGUGACUAUAUCCCUUCACCUGAUAGUCCUCGGCAUAUUGUGCUGGCUACACCCGCACUGACACCCCACGGCAAGAGACAGAGGUCGCGGUCCAUCGGGUAUCCUCUGGUAAUUGAAAAUGCACCUAGUGGUAGUGGUAGUGGCAAGCACUUUGAACUUGUGCCUUACCGCGAAUGGACUAUUAUUGCUCGAAACAGUCAACGAGGUCAGCUUGUGCUUUAUAACCGAGAUGAUCAGACUGUCAGUGUCCAGACCUAUGUGCCUGAUCAUCAUUUUCCUGGUUUGGAUACUGCAGGUUUACAGAUAAAACCAGAAGACCAAGACAAUUGUCCUUAUUGUCACCGACCUAUGCCAGCCAUGCCAAAAGAAAAAAUGAAUGCGUCCGACUAUAUGGAUAGAAAUUACUUUCGUUUAUUAGCUUCUUCUCAAGCUAAUACAGCUGCCAACUCCCCAGUCCAAUCUCGAUCCAGUACAUUUAGCACAGAUACAAACAAACCACAUUCAAUAGGUGCACAGAACUUGAAUGAAAAUGCAUUUAAUCAAGGCUAUUACUCUAACUUCUUUGUUGAGCUCAACAAGCUCGGUAAAGGGUUUCGAGGCAGUGUGUUUUUAUGUGAGCAUGUAUUAGAUGGAGUUAAGUUGGGCAAGUAUGCAAUCAAAAAAGUGGCUAUUGGCAACAAUCAUCCAUGGCUUGUUCGAAUGUUACGCGAAGUUCAUUUGUUGGAACGAUUACGACAUCCCAAUAUUGUGAGCUACAAACAUUCAUGGCUAGAAUACAAUCGAUUGACAGCAUUUGGACCUGAAGUUCCUUGCUUGUUUAUUCUGAUGGAAUGUGCUAAUGGUGGCAACCUUGAAGAAUAUCUGGAGUUUGCAAAUAAACCAACUGAACAACAGGAACAAGAAGCCCAGGAUAGCUCAAAACAAAAGCAAAAAAAGUCUUCUAAAGAACUCAAAAGAGAACGUAUUAGGAAACAAUAUCAAGCCCAAGAAUCAUUCGAAAAAGAGCAUGAUGUAUUGCAGACACAGAGUGAAAACAAACGACUGUUGACCAUGACUGAGAUUUGGUCCUUAUUUCUGGAUAUUGUUCAAGGUUUAGCUCAUUUGCAUCAACAAAACAUUGUUCACCGAGAUUUAAAACCACCCAAUCUAUUACUGCAAUAUGAUGAACGAAACAGUCAUGCACGUCAGGGAAUCCCCCGUGUACUUAUCUCUGAUUUUGGUGAAUGCGAAGAUUUGGACGAUGAUCAGAUAGAUAAUAACAGAACAGGAGCUACUGGAACAUUGGAGUUUAUGGCACCUGAACAUGUUCGACUGGAUCCAAGAGGCAGAAAUACGGUCGACUAUUCUCCAAAAGCAGAUAUGUGGUCAUUAGGCAUGGUUCUUUACUUUCUUUGCUACUCUAGACUUCCUUACAGUGUCAUUGAUGAUGUGGAUAUAUUACGCACUGAAAUCCUUUCAUUUCAAGAAGUUUGGUUUCCAAAUUCACGACUGGACAUUUAUAAAUCAGACAAAGCACGCUACACCGAAUCCAGCAAUAAUCCUUCCAUUGUCAACGAUAUACCCAAUGAACUCAAGAUUUUGAUACGCAUGUUGCUUUCCAUUGAUCCUUCAAAACGACCUUCUUGUAAUGAAAUCUUGUCCAAACUUCGAAGUCUACGUAGAGACAACAACAUACCCUUUGAUUGGCCAUCUCCAACCACUACGACUACAGCUACAAAAUCGUCAUCUUCUCCAGUACCUACAGCAUCACCAACAGCAUCUACAUCAAAAACUGCCUUACCUCCUCAUCUUCAACCGUUUAUUGUAGAAGCAGAAGAACAUUCUUCUACCUUGAGAAAAAGACAGCGUUUGUUUGGUCAUGAAGAAGAUUCAGACGGUGAUGUGAUUAUGUCAGACAUUGAGCAGGAUACAUCUAAAACCCGUUUAUUGCUAGGCUCGCCUGAUCUUGUUGAAGCAUCAAGUUCAUCCUGGUUAACAGAUAGACAGGUGAUGCUCUUGCUUAAGACAACCACAGCUUUAUUUAAAGUAGCUUCUUGCACUUAUUCAUGCUCGCCGUAUUCUACAAACCCGGCCAUACUUUAUCCUGUCGUUUUUUUGGCCAUGCUCGAUUUCUGGAGUGAAUCUCAUUCGCCUAGUUUGAUAUUGUUGACCUUGCACAUUAUUUGGAUCAUGACGACCACUUUUUUUGGUGGUAUGGCUCAGGUCAUAGUGGGUCAACCACUCGAUACAAUCAAAGUUAGACUUCAACUAGAUCAAGGCAAAUUUAAAGGCAUUGGUGCAGUCAAUGCGCUUUUAUUUGCUGCCAAUUCUUCUAUCAAAAGUAGGCUUCAGGCAUACCCUGAUCAGUUACUUUCAUUGGAUAAAAUUGCACUUGCUGGUGCUGGCGCUGGUCUUGUAAACAGUAUACUUGCUUCUCCUGUUGAACUUCUCAAAAUUAAGAUGCAAGCUCAGUUUGGCUCAAAAGCAGUACAUGAAGGACAGCGCUUUUUUUCAGGGCCUAUUGAUUGUGCUCGAUACCUUAUUCAACGGGAUGGUGUGGCUCAUGGUCUGUUUCGUGGAUUAUGGGCUACAAUUGUCCGUGAAAUACCUGCUUAUGCGGGAUUUUAUACCGGGUUUGAGUUUACAAAACGAUAUUUGACAGAUCAGAAUAAGAAAGAAGCAAGUGUGCUACAGUUGAUGAUAUCAGGUGCUGCAGGAGGCGUGUCAUACUGGACAUGUAGUUAUCCUUUGGAUGUAGUGAAAUCGAUUGUUCAAAGUCAAGAAAAGCCACCCAAGGGACUCUAUGUUUUAAGCGUAUUAAGACAAGUGUAUAAGCGUGGUGGAUUUGCUAGCCUCUUUCGUGGUUUUACAACUUCCGUUCUAAGAAGUAUUCCAGCUGCAGGCGCUACUUUUACAGCUUAUGAACUUUGUAUGCGCGCUUUCGAAACCAAUAGCUGGUAA